AAGUGAUUCCAAGAAUGAGCAGUGAUUUCCUUUUCUGAAAAAGGAAACAAGAUUGAAGGUACCUGGGUUGAACUGUUUAUAGGUAUUUAUGGGUAUUUGUAGGAUUAGCUUGAACUGAGAUAAAAUAAAAUUAGCAUCAGUAACAAAGAGGUGUUAUUUCCUGUCUCCAGGAUUUGUAGGACCAGAGCUUCAAAACAAAAAAUAAAGAAAAGCCUGUUUCCCCUUGUAAAAUUCAGUAUCGUUUCUUUUUCUCAUACCUAGCUAAAAAGGAAAAAAAAUCUAAAGCUUUUUUUAUUGUGGUAAAAUAUACAUAAAAUGAAUCACUUUAACCAUUUUAAAAUGUAAAAUUGAGUGGCAUUAAGUCCAUUUACACUGUUGUGCUACCAUCACCACUCUCCACCUCCAGUAACUAUAUUCCUACUCUGCCUCAAUAAAUUUGUCUCUGUACCUCAUAUAAGCGGGGAUCAUACAAUAUCUGUCCUUUUGUGUCUGGCUUAUUUCACUUAGUUUUCAAGAUCCCUUCAUGUUGUAGCAUGUGUCAGAACGUCCUUGGUUUUUAAGGGUGAAUAAUAUCCCAUGUGUGCUUAUAUCAUACUGUGUUUAUUCAUCCAUUGAUGGACACUUGGCUUGUUUCUACCCUCUGACUAUUGGGAGUAGUGCUGCGGUUAACAUUGGUGUACAGCCAAGUAACAUCUUAAACAGCAAUGGAACCCCACCACUUUUUCCUCUUUCCUCUCCUCCAUACCCCUGUCCUAGUCCAGAUCUCAGCCCCUCAGGGCAGGGACUGAAGCUACAUCAGCCCCACAGGUGUAAAGAGGGUUUUCUAAAACAACCUUUGUCUUUACCCUUUCUUCCUUGGCCGGACUUUGUCCCGCCAGGUUUAUUUAUAAACCACACAAGCUCAUUAACGUGACCAAGCAUUUCAGUAAUCCACCUUUGUUACUGCAGGAAGGCACUUGUCAGGGGUAAGGCAGUGAGACAUGGCUGAGAAGAAAAGCCAGAGAGACUCUAUUGGAAUGGAUGCGAAGGGAUGCCGAACAAACAAUGGGUUUGUCCAAAAUGAAGACAUCCUGGAAAAGGACCCGGAUCCAGGCAGCCCAACGGACAGGCCACAGCUCUGCUCCUUGCCUAUCCUUGACCCCCGGGAGCUCGACUUCAAGGACAUCCAGCCCUACGCCGGGAUGCCCAAGGAGGUGCUGUUCCACUUCUCAGGCCAGGCCCGGUACCGGGUGCCCCGCGAGGUCCUCUUCUGGCUCACCGUGGCUGCCGUGCUGGUGCUCACGGCGGGCACCAUAGCCAUGAUCGCCGUCUCUCCCAAGUGCCUCGACUGGUGGCAGGCAGGACCCAUGUACCAGAUCUACCCCAGAUCUUUCAAGGACAGCGACCAGGAUGGGAACGGAGAUCUUAAAGGUAUUCAAGAUAAACUGGACUAUAUCACAACUUUAAAUAUAAAAACUAUUUGGAUUACCUCAUUUUAUAAAUCAUCCCUUAAAGAUUUCCGACACGGUAUUGUAGAUUUCCGAGAAAUCGAUCCCAUUUUUGGAACAAUGAAAGAUUUUGAGAAUCUGGUUGCAGCCAUACAUGAUAGAGGUUUAAAAUUAAUCAUCGAUUUCAUACCAAACCACACCAGUGAUAAACAUGCUUGGUUUCAAUGGAGUCGUACCCGGACAGGGAAAUAUGCUGAUUAUUAUAUCUGGCACAACUGUUCCCAUGAAAAUGGCAUAACCACACCACCCAACAACUGGCUAAGUGUAUAUGGAAAUUCCAGUUGGCACUUUGACGAUGUACGAAACCAAUGUUAUUUUCACCAGUUUACAAAAGAGCAACCUGAUUUAAAUUUCCGCAAUCCUGAUGUUCAAGAAGAAAUAAAAGAAAUUAUACAGUUCUGGCUCUCAAAGGGUGUCGAUGGCUUCAGUUUCGAGGCUGUUAAGUUUCUUCUAGAAGCAAAACAUCUGAGAGAUGAGAUCCAAGUGAAUAAGACCCAAGUCCCGGACACAGUCACACACUACGCAGAGCUGUACCAUGACUUCACCACCACGCAGGUGGGAAUGCACGACAUUGUCCGGAGCUUCCGGCAGACAAUGGACCAACACAGCAGGGAGCCUGGGAGAUACAGGUUCAUGGGCACCGAAGCCUACGGGGACAGCAUUGACAGGACCAUGAUGUACUACGGGCUGCCUUUUAUCCAAGAAGCAGAUUUUCCCUUCAACGAUUACCUCACAAGGCUGGACAGUCCUUCUGGUAAUAGUGUGUUUGAGGUGGUCACAUCCUGGAUGGAACAUCUACCAGAAGGAAAAUGGCCUAAUUGGAUGAUCGGUGGACCGGACAAUGCCCGGCUGACUUCUCGUCUGGGGAAAGAAUAUGUUAACAUCAUGAACAUGCUCGUGUUCACACUUCCUGGAACUCCCAUCACUUACUAUGGGGAAGAAAUAGGAAUGGGAAAUAUUUUAGCCACAAAUCUCAACGAAAGCUAUAAUGUCGAUACCCUUCUCUCAAAGUCACCAAUGCAGUGGGACAAUAGCUCAAAUGCUGGUUUUUCUGAAGGCAAUCACACCUGGUUACCUACCAGUACAGAUUACUACACUGUAAAUGUUGCUGUCCAAAAGGCUCAGCCCAGAUCAGCAUUAACGUUAUAUCAAGAAUUAAGUUUGCUGCAUGCCAAUGAGCUGCUCCUCAGCAGGGGCUGGUUUUGCUAUUUGAGGACAGACAGCCACUUUGUCGUGUACACAAGAGAAAUGAAUGGCAUAGACAGAGUCUUCCUUGUGGUUCUGAACUUUAGAGAAUCAUCACUGCUAAAUCUAAAGGAAAUUAUUUCAAAUAUUCCCACAAAAGUGAAAAUAAGGUUAAGUACCAAUUCCACCAAGAAAGGAAGUGAAGUUGAUACACAAGCCAUUGCACUGGGCAAAGGAGAAGGACUCAUCUUUGAAUACAACACAAAGACUUUCCUGCAUCAGCAAGCAGAUGGAAGAGACAGAUGUUUUGUUUCCAGUCGGGCGUGCUACUCCAGUGUGUUAAACAUCCUGCACAGCCUGUGUUAGACAUCUCUGCAGAAAAGGUGAAGACACUGGCUUUGCGUUCUACUUUCAGCGUUUGCGGUAACUUCAUGUACAGCAAACUGCUGGGUAAACUUUACAGACAGUCAUUAAUUCUUAGAUAUUUCUGCGGCUUGAAUGUAACUGCUUUAGGAAAGGUUCUCAAAUGUUUUUUAAAGAAUAAUGUUUAAAAUAAAAUGAUCACAUGCAGGAACUUUUAA